CCGCUCACUAAGCGUCGCUACACAGACAGUAACAGAAAACCCCGAGGAGAGAGCAGGAGCCGCCGAGAGCUCCUUCAGGACCCUACGAGAUUUUUUUCCCCAAAAAAAUCCAAUUUGCACAAUUUUCACGACGACUAACCGUGUGACGGAUAGAAUCUGUGCGUGUGUCUCGUGGAAAAUCUGCGGCGACCACGUGGCAAAGAUGUGGUGACAAGUGGGAAAUUUUUGAGUUUCGCGUGUUGAGUGUAGACGAAGGAAAUUCUGGACCUUUCGAUCGCUCAGCAGCGUUAAGUAUAUUCGAUAAUAUCUUAUCUAUCCGAUCAAGAUGAGGUAUACCAUACUGGCACUGACGGUUGCGCUUUGCCUCGCAUUAGUGAGCUCGAAUCCGCUUCCGGAAAACGGACUUCACUCGGAGACCCUCGAUCGGCUAGUGAUGGCCGAAACUGACAACGAGGCGGCCCUGAGGAGCAAACGGACGAUCGGAAUUCUGCGAACGCUCUUUCCAGAUAUCUCUCAGGACGCGAACCCGGAAUCGGAGAAUCGAGUGAACGAGGAGACGGCGGAAUCGCAGAAUAACUCAGUGCAAGUGCAUUUCGCGGACGAAACACCAAACGACAAGGAAGAGCUCGCGCCAUUGAAUGACAACGAGACGGAAAACAAUGACGAAGAGAGGGACAAAAGACAAGGGGCAAACACUGGAACAGGAUCACCGGGCAAUUUCAUUUUUGAUAUUAUUAGGACGGUGGCUAGCAGCGGAAGUAACUCGGGAGGCUCAGGAGGCGCAAAUUGGUGGGGCAGUAGCGAAGAGAAGCCUAUAAUAGGACCGACGCAGGGUAUGACGAUGGCUAUACCCGGUCCUUGGACCAGACUCCUUCUCAUCGCUAAUCGAGGAUGGGCAGAUAUGAUAGCGGAUGUAGUACUUCGCUUAGCUGCAGUAAGCGAGAAGUUUGUCAACUACAAGGCGAAACUUAUCACCUGGCUCAUCUAAGGAGCUUACUCGAGGAUCGGGAUGAGGAAGCAUAGGACGGGGCCUCGCCGGCCUUGGUAUCGCCACGUGGACAUCAUCGCCGAGCCGCCUCUACCAGAAAGGAACACGGGUACGACGUUGGCAACAGAAUCGAAAUCUCACCGAUGUUGCCCCCUUGUUCCCGAGAUCCUGAAUUCACUUCCUUCGUCAAUGGCCGUCGAGCUCUUUGUGAAAACACACAAGACACUUCGUCACCAAAUGUAAUUCCUCCCUAAGAACGUGACGUUAACUCGAUUUCGUCCGACUUCGUUCACUCGACUCUCUGUACAAUUUCUUUUCCACCUUACUCUUUCUCUCUUUCUCUUUCUUUCUUUCCCUUUGUCUCACUCUUCUCUCGCAUUUUUUUUCUAUUUACUUUCUAUUAUUCUGUAGUCGAUUUAUUAUUAAAAAAAAACCGUUAAUAGAGAAAUUUCCGUAUUUUCGGUCGUCGUUUUAAGGCGAUCGAAAAUUUAAUUUCGCUAUGUGGGGUGGCUUGAAGCUGCCAUGGUACGAUGGAAACACAUCGAGAGAGAUGUAUAUUGAAACUAUGAAAUCGAAUUUGUGAUACGACACGCUCGCCGUUGACAGUUCGAAUGAAAUGAUUCAUGCAUCGACGACUACGGGUAAAAUAAAUUUCUCCGCGCUUUCUCGCGCUGCUUUUUUUCACGAGCCAUCCCCCUUCGGCUUCGAAAAAUAUCUCGAUUCGCGCUUUAAGAGUCAUACAGAAAUUUUCUUUCCUCCGUAGAAAAUGUGUUAACAUGAUGAUGUACAGAGUCUUACGAUCUCCUUCGAUCGUGACAGGGAUAAGACGCGUGCUGUUUGCAAAAUCGAAGAAUACUAAAUAUUAUAUAUCGGUCUUCGAUUAUUAAUUGCGCGAACGAUUACAUUUCGAUCGAUCGUCGUCGAGCACAAGAAUAAACAAGAUUAUCGCAAACUUGUACAUAGCUUACCCCCAGGAGAUGGAACAGUGCCAGGCAUAUAAUAUAUUGUUUCUGUCUAUUUUUGUGUCUUUAACACUGCUUUCUUUUGUUAUCUCAUCUCAUAUACAUAUAUGUCUAUUUUCUCUUCCUUUCUACAAUUGCGGUGACGUAAAGCUUGUGAAAUUUAGGCAAUUAAGUUUGUUAAGUAUUGUUAAUAUUGAAAACAGAAUUAUCUCUCUCUCCCUUUCUCUCUCGUAUUUCAAGUUGAUGUAAUUUGUAAAAGCCUGUCACUGCAACGAACCGUGGAAAUAUAAAUUACUUUUCCUCUUGGAUUUUUCCGCUACAGAAAAAUCCAAUAAGCAAUGUAAUUAAAAAAAAAAAAAAACGUAAUGUCGUCAGAAAACGCGGCGUUUCUCGUCCUUGAACCGAGCGUAUUAUUUCUCUAUGUAAAACAUCCCUGUUGUGUUGUAGUGAAAAUAAAUAUUAUUGUAAUAAGAAA